AUGGAUGACUGGGAGAGGGCGUACGAGGAGGAUCGGCGGCGGCUGGCGGAGGGCAAAGACAUUGUUCUUGACAUCCGACGCGGUGAUGCGGGGACAACUAUGUUUGAGGAAAAGGGGCCUGCGCCCAUGGACACACUCUCUCCUGGGGCGUCGGGGAAGGCCACAGUGCCUGAAAUUGUUUCUGUGCCGCUUGGGCCCAUGACAACAACGACGUUUCGGCGGACUGGGGAUGCCGCUUCAGACUUUCCCGUGUUUCAUGAGGGUGAGGCGGAGGCACUUGAGAUUCACACCACGUACAGUGAUGAACCCGUGCAGCGUGUGAGGCAGGUUGGAAUUGACGACUACUAUAGCGACAAUAACGAGAGAAGGCAACAAGCGCAGUUGCACGAUGCGCGCUUCAACAUCACCUGCCUUCCGUUGGGGCGGAACUUAUGUGAUUUAUUUGGCGCCAAAAUGGGUCGACGUGUGUUUUUUGCAGGGGUGGUGACGUCGUUAUUUAAGGGGUUUUUCGGCAGCAAAAAGACCCUUGUCGCUUGCUUUGUUACCCCAAAUUGUUUGUACAUUGGUAAUGUGCAGACAGGGGCUGUCAUUGUCUGCAUUGACAUCCAACGGCUGCAUGAAAUACACGUUUUUGGCGACCUUGCGCUGGGUCUGAGGACGUUGGAUGCGUUUGACCUGUUCCUACAGGUACCACAGCAGACGGAGCGACUGGUGGACAUUUUGAAGAGGAUUGCAGCGUUUUGGAAGGUCUGCGUGAAGGUGUUGCGCUCUACCUUUGAUCAGGCAAAAGUAUUCAAGAAGGAGAUGCAUCUGAUUGACAAGAAUAGUCACAGCUGGAGGCUCGUCGAGGACCCUCGCACAGGUCUCCGUAUUGUCAACAUAACGGGACAAUUCGUAGGUAUUUUUGCGCCAAUUGCUCAUAAGAUUCUACAUUGGUUUGGCUUCGUUACGGAGUUAGCGAAGAGUUGGAAGGGCUCCACGAAGAAGCGGCGGUGUGCCUGGGUGACGGCCACUUGUUUUUUCGUUGCGAAGGAAAAUGGACCCGGUCCAUGCGGGAGAAACAUCAUCCGGUGCGCGGCGAUGGAGUACAUGACCGAACUCUACGUGGGCCCUGGGGUGGAGUUGGGCGUAGUCGUCGCUGCGGGUCCUCCGCAGCCACCGAUAUCACUCAUGUUUGACUCGGAGGAGGACAAAAAUGCGGUUGUCUUUGUCCUUCAGGAGUGCUACACCUAUCGUAGUCACGGCGGGUCAAUAAAGGUGACUCAUGUGAACAGCGUGGAGGAGAGGAUCCGCGUCACGAAGGCGGCAGAACAAUUCCAACUGCAGCUUUUUCGCAUGCGCUCGACGAAAGAGUUGUACGAGUUUAUGCGGAGCCCUUCCCAGCGAAGCUAG